AUGGGCGGACUUCACUACGGACUGCUGGUCACACUCGUCUCGCUGGUUGUCCUACCGGAGGAGGGCCUCGGUCAGUGUCCAGUUGACCCACGUUGCACGUGUCAACCCAGAAACAAUUCCGACAUAACGUGUAAUAACGUUUUCACCGGAGAACUACCAACACUUUUGCCCCCAGAUGAUGUGUAUUUUCGAUCUUUAACAGUAUACGGAUAUGGAAUUAAUUCCAUUGCAAAAGGUGCAUUCAAGAAGUUGCCAGUAACCAGACUGACAUUGUCAGGAAUACGGAUAUCUGAGUUGGAGUGCCAGGGUUUCGCCGGACUAGAAAACUCAUUAACUCAAUUGUUAGUUAAUAAUACCAGACUAACUUCCAUCCCCAUUUGUGCGAUCGAAAGUCUGAAGAAACUGACAUCAUUUACGUUGAAUGGAAGCAGAAUACCUACACUUCGUCCAGACGACUUUUCAAACAUCACCUUGCUGGAAAGUCUUCGUCUCACAAGUAACUACAUUGAGAAGAUCGAGCCCGGGGCAUUCCGUGCACUUGUCCAUCUUACCGAUCUAAGUCUUGAUGCCAACAAGAUUACAGGGCUAGACGAUCUUCCUUUCAGAGGUCUUACUUCUUUGAAAACACUAUCAUUACAGAAUAAUGGGAUUACCAGUCUGCCCGUAAGAUUGUUUGACGAGUUAAUCAAUCUACAACACCUGUAUGUGGACUACAAUGACAUCGUGGAGCUAGAGAAAACCCUCUUCUCACGUAAUCCUAAUUUAUCAACCAUUUCUCUACUAAGGAACCAGCUGUCGAGUCUACCGGAGAAAAUAUUCAAGGGACUGGAUAAACUACAGACUUUGGUAGCUAGUUAUAACCGUCUGUCGGAUUUACCCCUGAAGCUGUUUGAAGGAUGUCCCAAUCUGAAUUCUCUAGAUCUGUCAUCAAACAUGCUUACGUAUCUUAAACCCGAAUUACUACGACCACUCACAAAACUUAAGACCAUAAACCUGCGAAACAACAGAAUCUCUGGCAUCUCUGACAACCUCAUGAAUGUUGUGAUGACUGAUGCCUUUAGCCAGUCAGCCAGCAUCGCUUAUAUUUAUCUGCAAAACAACAGUUUAUCGACGAUUCAACCAGGAGCAUUCAGGAAUUUAAUUUCUCUCAGAAAUUUAGGUUUGAGCCAGAAUAAAUUGACUGCGAUUCCACCGGGAGCUCUAACAAACUCAUCUAGUUUGCAGUAUCUCUAUCUGGAUAAUAACCAGAUACGGGACAUACCUCGAGAUUUCUUUGAACAACUGUCAUCUCGUAUAUAUACUCUGUAUUUGGACAACAAUCACUUGCUCACUUCUUCAAUCGUACCCUUGUUUGAAAGAUUACCAAAGUGGACUGGUCUACGUACUCUCCGUCUCUCUGACACAAAGUUACCUCCCUUAUCAGCAGAUGUCUUUACUGCUUUCGGUAGGCUGUCGACAGAACUCAGCCUGAGGAACUGUUCUCUAAAUGGUGAAUUUCCGGUUAACAGAGCCAGUCUACCCGGAAAAAAAGAUCUUUCCAAUAAUAACCUGAAAGGCUUUAAUAAAAACACUCAGGUAAAAGUCAUCGGUAGUCCUGUCACUUUCAAUAUCUCAAACAACGCCCUUGAGACGCUGGACGUCAAUGCCUCCAGUGGUCAGUGGAUCUACAUCUACGCCGAUAACAAUAAUAUCCGAAAUCUGACAGUAACUGGACGUAAUACAGUAAACGGUGCAAGAUUAGAGAUGAGCGAAAACCUGAUCAGCUCACCCAUCAGGAUUACCACGAAUGUAACAAGGAUUUACCUCCUCGACCUGUCUAGUAACAGAUUUACCAGUGUGGAAAGUCCCCCAGUUAAUUUCACCCAGUCCCUGGAUCCAUGUGCGUUACGGAAUGUCAGCACCCUGAAUCUCUCUCGAAAUGCUAUACAGGUUUUCUCCCCUGACGCUUGUCUAGGAGGCGUUUUGACUCUGGAUCUGAGUCACAACCAGCUGCAGACUCUCGGGGCAUUAAUUCCGUUGAGGUAUACACCUGUCGGUCACAAAAUUGACCACGCCCGCUGCCACUCGCCUCCUGACAAAGAGUUACUCCUUGUACAGUGCUACAAUGUGACGGAUUGUGAGGCGAACAGGACGUCAGUGUCUGUGUCCUACUCCAUACCAACUGUUUGUAAAGAGGACUCCGCCAUUGUGCUUCGGGAUGUCACCACUGACACCGCCGGUGACGAUGUGGUCAUCCAUUGGUCAGUGCAUGGUCCAGGUGCCAUUACUGGUUUCCGACUGACAUACAGGGAAGACGCUGGCUCUGACGACGACAAGGAGAAUCUGUACCAUCCAGAGAAGCGUUCUGCUGUCCUGUUUGAUCUGGAGUCUGGCCACAGUUACAACGUCUGCAUAUGGGCAGAGGUAUACCCCGACUCUCGAACAGAACCGGUUUGUAUGCAUGUAGAUGGCGUUGUUAACAUUCAUGUAGAAAUUAUGGCUCUGGGAAUAGCACUAGGUGUUUCUGUGUUGAUUAUCAUCGUGCUCGUGGCUUGUCUAAUCGUCAAAUCAAAGAGGGAUGUAAACAACAAGCCUGGUGAAACCGUUGUCCGGCGAGGAAACCUCUAUAAUCACGCCCAGAGAGAGGUUGGAAACACACCUGGUGUUGACUCAAUGUAUGAGAACAUAGACUAACAAAACUAUACGUCAGAAUCCGACCUACCGGCAUCUUAAGCUGUUCUAAUAGAUAACAUAUGCACAGGUAAUCAAGGGAACAUUAAAUGAUAAUGUAAGGAAGCGAUGGGUGCUAUUCGUAAUAUAAGAGACCACAGCAUAACGAGUAAUCAUGAACCA